UAUUGCCACCAGCCUCGGGGUGGAAGCCGAACCUUGCCCUCGCCAUGCGGCCGCUGCUGCGCCUGCUGCGGCUCCUCGAAGGCUGGCCCAACGCGGCGCUGCUGGGCCGGCCCCUGCGGAGGUUCCACCCCAAGCUGGGCCGCACAGUGAAGAUCCCGCGAGGAGAGCACCCCUUCGCCGACGAGGCGCUCUACGAGCUGUCGGGUCAGCGCACGGAGUACGCGCACCCGGCGCUCCGCGCAGCGGCAGUGGGUCGGAAACUGCUGCGCCGCGUGCAAGCUGGACUCGCACACGAGGCGGAUAUCGAAGAGCUGAUCAGGCGGCUGGAGGCGAACCUCGAGUUCACCAGCCGCCUGGCCCGCGCCAGUGGGGCGCCAGCGACUGAGGAGUUUGCGCGGGGAUACCGGAACGCCCACCUGGAGACUGCCAAGGUGGGCAGCAUUCUGCUGGCCCAUCCCUUGUCCUGCAUCUUCCAGCGUGAGCUGGACCGAGCGGUGAUCCUGCUGGAUGGCAUGCACCCCUCUGGCCUUCACCUGCGGGGGACUGUGGUGAACAAGCCGGACCUCACACUGCAGGAGGCCUUAGCCUCCUGGCCACCCUCCGAGCGCGAGCGCCUUGAGGAGGAUGGCUUAGGCCCGCUGCUGGGGUGCCGCCUCUUCCUCGGAGGGGACCUGGUGCCGCCUUUGCCCAAGUUCCGGGACCGGCUGCAGUGGCACCACGCGCUGCCGGAGGUGCCGGGCAGCCGCCAAAAAGCACCCGGCCUGUGGACGGGCGGGGACAUGCGGGUGGCUGCGAAGAUGGUGGAGGAGGGCAGCAAGCCCAUUUGGGCGGUAAGGCCGGUCUUGGGCUACUCGGGCUGGCAGUCGGAACAGCUGGAGCUGGAGCUCGAGCGGGGCGUCUGGGCCCAGCUCCGGGCCUCCCAGGAGGCAGAGGCGUUGCUCACAGAGGAGCCGGCCAGCCUUUGGAAGCGGCUAGCGCUCGGGGUGGGGCUCAGGUCCUUCGCGGACUUCCCGCGGGGCGUGGUCGACCCGCUGAUCCAGCGGCGCGUGGAGGAGAACUCGCAGAAACAGGUAAAGGACAUUGUGGCUGCAUACGCAAGCCAGCAAAAGAAGUGCUGCAUGCUGGGGCAGGGCCGAGCCAGCUCUGGCUUCGCCCACACAGCCUUCUACGACUGCCUGGCGCCUUUGGUGCUUGAGAAGCUGCCGGAGAUCCAUCCCAUCAGUUGCGUCUACCUCAUGUGGAGCUUCAGCAAGCCUUUGAUCAUGUGCACUGCCUGGGGCCCCAUUGCUGCGGAAGCCACAGGAACGCCUGUGCAGGAGCUCUUCGACGCCGUGGCCACGCGCGUCAUUCCCGAGGCCGGCCAUGUCACGUCCAGUUGGGAUGGGUGA